AUGACAAGUAACAAAAUCACUCGGGCCAUUAUAGGCUUACCAAUCCUCGCAUUUUCAAUCGGGUGUCUUAUGUGUAUGGGUCGAGGAGAUGUUUUACUUCACCUGGAACAGAUUCUUCCCACAGGACGUAUAUCAUGGAACUCUAUUGAUAUUCCUAUCAAACAAAGCUUCUAUGGUGUUGGCUUCCUCGAUGAGAUCUUUGGAGGAAUAUCCGUUGCAUUUGGGCCCUCAGCAUUCGGUGUUGACCCAGUCGCCUGGUAUCAGAUGUUUAGUUUUCUCCUGGAUGUCAGCCUUGUGUACAUCAUUUGGAUGAUCGAAUCUUACAAGUCUUGUCAAUCAUUGGACCCCAUCUUACCUUCCCGUGGUCUUUGGUAUUUCGAUGCAAGUGCUCAGCGCUGGUGUCAUCGCGCCAAUAUACUUCUACCUUCAUUACAUCACAUCCACGCCCGAUACACUAAGGCGACCCCGUCUUCAUGA